AUGUGUCGGAAAUGGACUGCAGGGUUAGUGGCACAAUUCAUUGUUGUUUCUCCAUUGCAAAUUACGCCGCCAUUGGCACAAUCUGUAUACUACAAAGAAUAUCAGUCGUCGCCCCGAAGAUUUCGGGGGUUUUGCGGAGAGUGUGGGAGUUCUUUGAUAUGGCGAUCCGAUGACAAGGUUGAUACGCUGGAUCUCUUCCUUGGUACCAUAGACGAAACGUGGCUCCUGGGUGCGAAGGUGGAGGGUUCUGAAAGAGAGACUGCGCAAGGAAUAGUUGUGGAAAGAGUUGGGGGCUUGGGUAAAGAGCUUUGUACGCCCAACCAAUAUCAAUUUUACUAUGCGAACGCCAUCAGCGGUGUUACCGACCUGCUUGAGGGAGGUCAAAAAUUUCUUCAGGAGAACACACAUGGACUCUGGAUGGAAUGUGGUAAGGAUGCUUAA